UGUCAAGUGCUAAACAUGCCAAGAGACAGUAGUAGCCUAUAAUAGGGUUUGGUAUGACUCAUUUUCAUUAAAUCGUUUUAUAGUGGAUUAAUCCUUAAUAUUUUGUACGGAUUUAUACAGCAAUAAAAACAAAUAUUAUUGUCAAACUUUUGAGAUCAGUGGUAAUCAUCAUUAGAUUGUAGAUGGCUACUAGAACUGAACCAUCAAGAAAGAGAGACAUUGACUGGAAUAAAUUUGGUUUGGUUAAUUCCCAUCACUCCGAGACCGAAAAUGGACAAUCUGGACGAUAUGGUACUGACGGACACCAGCCCACAGAUGCUAAUGAGUUGUUUGCUGGAGAACAGAACGCUAACCCCUGGUGGAAGUCUCAGUUCUUCAUUUCUCAACCAGUUUUGUUUGGCACCUGGGACGGUGUGUUUACAUCUUGCCUCAUCAACAUAUUUGGAGUGAUUGUGUUCUUGCGGUCAGGUUGGGUGGUUGCCCAAGCUGGUAUCCUCAAUGCACUGCUUAUAGUACUUUCCACAGUUGGGGUGGCACUGAUAUCUGUGCUAUCAGCUGUGGGCAUCUGUGAGCGCUGCCGCAUGGAGAGUGGUGGUGUGUACUUCCUGUUGGCUCAUGUCCUUGGGUCUCGGCUAGGGGGUGCCAUCGGACUACUCUAUGUUUUUGGACAGGCUGUAGGAUGCUCGCUGUUUGUGCUGGGGCUUGGAGAGUCCCUGGCAGGUCUGGUGGGGCUGGGCUCCAGUCCUUGGGCUCAGAGAGGGUUUGCCUCAGCAGCUGUAUUGCUGCUGUCCAUCAUCAACCUCGCUGGGGUCAAGUGGGUGGUGAAACUACAGUUCGCACUGUUGCUGGUUCUCCUGCUCGCUGGCCUCGACUUUGCUGUUGGCAGCUUUGUGCAUACUGAUAAGCAUAGUGGAUUCCAAGGAUGGCUUUCUGGUAACUUUGAGGAGAAUCUUCUCCCAGACUACUUUGAUGGCUACAGCUGGUUCACCACUCUGGGUGUGUUCUUUCCGACAGUGACUGGAGUUCUUGCAGGGAUCAACAUGAGUGGAGACCUCCGUCACCCUUCCACUGACAUCCCCAACGGCACCUUAGCUGCCUGUGCUACUGGGACCGGACUCUACUUGAUCUUUGUAUUGUUUCUUGGGGCGACGUGCACUCGGCAAGCUCUCAAGACCGAUUUUAUGAUCGCAGCUAAAGUUUCAGCACUUCAUGUGCCUCUGCUGGCCGGCCUGUACGUGUCCUCCAUGUCCAGCUGUCUGGGAGCGAUGUAUGGAACUCCCAGAGUGCUGCAGUCCAUCGCCAACGAAAACGUCAUUCCUGGCAUCCACAUCCUGGGGAAGGGUAGGGGACCGAACCGUGUGCCAGUGUACGCCAUGGGAGUCGUGGCAACGGUCAUCAUCACAUUCACUCUGUGUGGCAACAUCAACACCCUGGCACCCAUCGUUACGAUGCCCUUCCUCAUGAUGUAUGCGACUGUGGACUACGCAUACUUUGCACUCGCACAGACCUUCGACAUCCAGCAUCAGCGCGAGCAAAGAUUCAGAUCGUCAGCAACUAACGGCAGAACAUAUGGAUCAUCACCGUCAUUGCCACAUUCAGAAGGCAGCUCUGACCUAGACUCUUUGUUUCCAGAGAGAAGUCAGCAUAGGGCUUACAAUCAGAUAGAGACACCAACUCAGGAACAGGCUGCCAACAUCAGGGUCCACAACAAGCGAGGGAGUUGGUACUCCAGCUUCUGCAAUCGCUGGCUGUCGUUGUUUGGUGCUGUAGUGAAACUGACGAUGAUGUUGCUGGUUAACUGGGUCAUAGCUCUGGCCAACUUCGGGGCAGUAUUCCUCAUCUGGGUGUAUGUGGGUCUGUCCAACCCCGCUGUCAAACCUGGAGUCGCCACGCAGUUCAGGUUUCUGCGAUGGUUACACAUCACCCUUCUAAGGCUCUGCGGGAGGAGGGGUGUAGAUUAUGAAGAAAUUGUGAUCCCACCGGAAGUGCCUCACUUGAACGUAAGUUCCGACCAAAUCAAUGAAGAGAACGAAGACUUUGCAUAUCGACAACGCUUCCACCAAACCGCCUCAAUCCGACCAAUGACACUACAGCAGGGAGAGCAGACCUACAGAGACGUGCAGCUGCUCAGAUAAUAGGAGUGUGACAAUCAAAGUUUGUAGUCUAGGAACAUGUGAUGUCCGAGGUUUAGUGGUGACCUACCUCCGAGGUGGCAGUGCCUUCCGUUUUCCAGGUGCUACGCAAUUAGUUACUUUGGGACACAUUUCUAAUUGUAAUCUGAGUGAACUAUUUUGAAUUCUACUUAAUAACAGCAAACAUAUUGGGGCAAACUUAUAAUCAUAGAUAGAAAAACAAAAUCGAAAGAAAAUCAGUCUGAUGUAUCUAAAUACAUCGUCAGAAUUAUAUAAAUACACUGA